AUGCCUCAACGCCUAGUCAGCCGAGCUAAAUCCUCUGCUGUGAACCGAACAGCGAGCCCGGCGCCCUCUGGCCUGCCAGAGUAUGAGCCUCCCGAGUACCCCCUCGACGAUGCUGCACGCAAUGCUCUCGAGAAGCUAUCCACCGACCGCAAGCAGACAAGGUACAUCAGAAAUCUCAAAUCCAGUACCACAAAUCUAGCAAAUGUUGUCGGGGAUAUUCAAGAGCGUCUCCGCGAUCGCCGAGAGCAUCUUUCCAAGCAGAAGCGCCGCCGCAAAGAUAAGGAUCCUGAGAACGGGGAAGAGGAUCUGGAUGCCCUCGAGCAGCACUUGGAUGAGUUCGCUCACGAAGUGGAUGUUAAAUCUCGCGAGGCCGAGGUGAGCCUUCGCCUUCUGAUUGAUCACCGAUUCGCGCUGGAAGAUGAGGGCAAGGUCAUCGGAGAACUCUAUACCAGUGCCACAAACGCACAGGCCGAACAGAAUACGCGGCAAUUGCAAAAGGAGCGCCGACGCGAAGAGGCCAUUGAAAUUGCACAGGCCAACGGUGACCCGAUUCCUCCCCACGAAGAAGAUGAUGAAGACGACAAACCCCCUCCCGUUCAAAGUACGCUCGAAUCUUUCCGCAAGCGGCAGGACGACAAACGGCACGACUAUGAACAGUUGAGCGUCCAGGAGCGUUACUCAGUCAACAAUGAAUAUGCAAACUUCAGGAAGCUAUGGCAUGACGCUGCCGAGGGCGACGACGGGCCGCCGCUACCCGACGCAUCGCGCUGGUUUGGCGCUGAUGGCGCGCCCAUUCUACCAACAGUGGCUCUCCGUGCGGCGCGUGGACGAAGCCUGACUGCAGAUCACGGCGGCAACGAUUCGGACGACGAUAUUGCCGUGGCACGAGAGGUUACUAGCUUACGAUGCCCGCUCUCGCUAGAAGAAUUUGUUCAGCCAUACAGCAACAGGAAAUGCAAACACACGUUUGAGGAAGAAGCAAUUCGUAACUAUCUGCCCGCGGGCGGUCAAGUCCAGUGCCCUCAGGCUGGAUGCGUCCAGGUUUUUACGAGCGCCAACUUUGCCGAGGAUUUCUACCUCGACCACGCCAUUUUACGACGGCUACAGCGCAAAAAAUUACAGAAUCAGCUGGGUAAUAUGGAUGUGGAUGACGAAGCGAAUACGUCGGCCGAAUACCAAGUGAGCAGCAGUCAGAGAUCUUGGAAGCGAGCGAAGCAGGAGAUGUGA